GAGUAUUUACCAAAUGCCAAGUGCCUUUAAUUGGGGGUUAGUUCUGUGGAAACAGGAACUUCUGCGGUGAAAUAUGAACACAUCUGCUAUUGUAAUUUGCAAAAAUUAGAAAGUGUAUGAGCUCAGUUCCUUUACAUCUCAGACACUGUUUUGGCCGUGAGCUGCCACGUUCCAGUCUUCUUCGUGAGAAAAAUUCCCCUGAUUUCGUCGGUUGUUCGAUCAUCGUCACCAUGGCUCUACGCAUACUUGCAAUAUUGACGGUACUGACACUGGUGUUGACUAGCUUGGUUGGCAAGGCAGAGGCCGUGUGCGGCACUACUAUCGCCAACAAAGCAAAGGAAUACGCAGAUGCAGGCAGGACUGAUUGGACAUAUGCUGCAGCUCAUCCAGAUGCUAGUCGGUUUGACUGGCGUCAAAACCGCGUGACUGAUGGGUCAAACGCGAAAAAGGACCACCUGUUUGUGGCAGAUGUUUUUGAGGCAGUCGGGGUAACGGUCCCGCAUAGACGGGUAGGUGUGGCGGCGGUCCCUAUCAGUGCAUUUGAAUGGGGGUACCAGCGUACCUCUUACUUGACUAUAUCCACAUUGUGCUGGGAGUUAAGAUCGCAUCCGAGUGUAGGUUACGUCAUCAGCGAUAGAACGCACGUGGGGAUUGUGACCGGAGCGAAAGAAACAACCACUGCCAUUAGGACCGAACUUGUGUCCAACGACUGGGGUUUUCGCGAUGGAUCUGGAUCUGGAAGCCGUUCUUCUAUAACUGCAUACUGGGAAUACGUUUGUUAAAAGCGUUCAGACUUACAACGCCUUUACGGGGGUUUAUUCACUAUAACUGCCCAAGGCUAUUUGCGACCAAAAAAGUUAUUUAUCCAGAGCCGUAUUUUCAUGAAACAAAUUGUAAAGUUUAAAGGGACACGUUGCCUUGGAUAGGGCGAGUUGGUCAAACACUUUAACUUAAGGCCGAGUCACACGCAGCGAUAACGAAAACGAUAACGACCACGACGCGAAAAAAAAAGUCGCAUUCUUUUGGUUGAAUUGCUCCACGCAGAAUACAAUACGCCCAAGCUUAUUCAACCAAUCGAGGGGUGCGUUGUUAACGUCCUCGUUAACGUUCUCGUUUUCAUUCUCGUUAUCGAAGCCUGUUUGUGUGACCGGGCCUUAACUCACCCUAUCUUAUAUGGGCAACGUCUCUAAAUAAAUACGUUAAAAAAAACCUGCUUUUAUAAGUUUUUAAAUAUUAUUUUGUUAUAAUGUAUUAAUGUAUGCUAAAAUUGCAACGGGGAUAAAGCAUUAUUAAUUUUAGUUUUACCCAUACACCGAUGUGUGUUUAAACACUGUAUACUUAUCUUUCCCGAGUACUGUGAAAAAAAUUCGAACCCACGACCCUUGCGAUUAUAGAGCACUGUCGUACCAAUAUCGGUAGUCUCGUUGGUUAGACGCUGCUCUAGAAUUGCAAGGUUCGUGGGUUCGAAUCCCACCCAAGUAAUAUACCUGUGAAUUUUUGCUCACAUGGCUCGGGAAUAUACACACAUAUUGUUGUAAAAAAAGAUGUGAACAUUUGAGCUCAAUUGGUCGUUGAACUUGCGAGAUAAUAAUGAAAGAAAAAGACACCCUUG